UCCCAACACAGGAGAAGAUAAGGAGUAGUGAAGGCUAGAAGGAAGAAGCUAGCAAGGAUCAGACAGAGGAGCACAGCAAUGGCUGCGUCAGUUAUGUCAUCUUUGAGUUUGAAACCAUCUCCAUUGAUUGAGAGAUCAGCCCCUAGAGGCCUCCCCUCCCUUGCAAGGCCUUCUUCUUCCUUUAGAGUUCAGGCCAGUGGUCGCGAUAGGAAGAUCAAGACUGAGACCCCAUAUGGGCCUGGCGGUGGCAUGAAAUUGAGGGAUGGUCUUGAUGCAUCAGGAAGGAAGGGAAAGGGGAAGGGUGUCUACCAAUUUGUUGACAAAUAUGGUGCUAAUGUGGACGGUUACAGUCCAAUCUACGACACUAAUGACUGGUCACCCAGUGGAGAUGUCUAUGUUGGAGGUACGACUGGUUUAUUAAUAUGGGCUAUUACCCUUGCUGGCCUCUUAGCUGGGGGUGCCCUCCUUGUCUACAACACAAGUGCUUUGUCUCAGUAAACUGUUUCUAAUUUGUCUUCUAGUUUAAUUAGUUUCUAAGUUCUCUCCAAGACAUAACUCUCUUUGUAAGACUCCCCUUUGUUUUUGAUGAUCAAAUGUAAUAUUUUAUUGAGAAUGUAUUAAACUCUUGUACAUGUAAUGCUUUCUUGUGCAUAAAUCUUGUAUGCAAUAUCAGUAAUAUAUUAGGGUUGUGAUA